UCACCAGAUCACACAUGUAGGUAGGUAGGGCCCACAUGCCUUUUCACCUGCACCGACCUCGACACAAUGCAUGUGCUCUGUAAGAAAACAACAGCUUAAAAGAUGUGAAGUCUCUGCAAUGUGAAGCUCGAAAUCGCCAUGGCACGGACGUUUGACGUUUAUGACUGGAUAGUGUUUGUUGGGAUACUGCUAGUUUCUGUCGGGAUUGGUAUCUACCAUGCCUUGGCAGGCGGCGGACAGAAAACUACUGGAGAAUUCCUGAUGGGCAACAGAAAGAUGAGCAUGAUACCAACUGCUCUUUCCAUCCUAGUCUCAUUUCAAUCGGCCAUAUUGAUUUUAGGUGCCCCGGCAGAAGUCUACACCAAAGGAACUCAGUAUUAUUUAUAUACUUUUGGACAAAUGUUUGCAGUGUUGUUGGCGUCUGUUGUCUACGUUCCACUGUUUUACCCACUAAAACUGACCAGCAUGUACGAGUACCUUGAACUUCGCUUUAAUUCGCGAGCUGCUAAACUAACUGGGACCUUCAUCAACAUAAUAUCUACAUUGAUAUACUCAGGGAUCACAUCAUUUGCCCCUUCAACUGCUCUGCAAGCAAUGACUGGCUUCCCAGAGUGGGCUUCCUUUGUCACCAUCGGAAUUGUAUGUACCCUGUACACUUGCCUGGGCGGACUGAAGGCUGUAAUUUGGGUGGACGCGUUUCAGUUCCUGAUCAUGAUGUCCGGUAUUCUGGUCAUCAUUGUCAAAGGGGUGCUUGAGGUUGGAGGGUUCGGUGAGAUGUGGAAAAUCAAUCAGGAAUGGAACAGAGUAAACUUUUGGAAUUUUAACCCAGACCCGACAGUCCGCCACACUUUCUGGGGUCUAGUCGUGGGGUCAGCCUUGAACUGGGUGGGGUCGUACGGUGCCAGUCAAUCCAGUAUCCAACGCUACAGUGCUCUUAGAAGUCUGAAAGAUGCAAAAAAAGCCAUCCUGGUGAACUGUGUGGGUGUGUUUCUCCUGUUGACUGGGGCGAGUCUGAUGGGUGUGUCUGCCUUUGCCUACUACACACAGUUAGGUUGUGACCCUUUGACCAGUGGUCAGAUAAAGAACAAGAACCAACUAAUUCCGCAUUUCGUCAUGGACAUCCUCAACAUACCGGGAAUGCCUGGUCUAUUUAUAGCAUGCCUGUUUAGCGGGACAUUGAGUUCCCUGUCAUCAAACCUAAGUUCAUUAAGUGCAAUCACAUGGGAGGAUAUUUUGAAACCUUUUUUCAAACUUCGUUCGGAGCAGACAAAGGCAAGAAUCACACGCUGUAUAGUGUUCAUUUACGGUGCCAUAGGAAUCGGGGUGACUUUUAUAGUGAGAAAUCUGAAAGGAACUGUACUACAGGCAUCCCUGAGUUUCAUGGGAGCCGCGUCUGGUUCUCUGAAUGGAAUUGUAAUACUAGGGGCUUUCUUUCCUUGUUGUAACUGGAUGGGUGCUGUUGCUGGAAGUUUAGUUUCCUAUAUCAUCAUGCUGUGGAUCAACAUCGGAAAAUAUUCCGUGAUCGGCUCACCGGAAACUUUAGAAUUUCCUACUUCAAACUGUUCAGCUAAUACAGACAUUUCAUCUAUAAAUGUAACGUCGUCGUAUUCCAUGACGACACAUUCUCCAGACAGUUUAUAUUAUAAUACUACUAUGACGGAUAUAGGCUACACCAAUUUCUCAUCUUUACCCGUCACUAAUGCUCCCAGCAUAGUACAGUCUGUAAGUGCCCUUACCAAGCUCUACUCGCUGUCCUACCUGUGGUAUUCCACCUUUGGUACUCUCGUCUGUAUAAUUGUGGGACUCCUUGUCAGCUUGAUUACAGGGCCUACGAAAAGACACGAAGUCUCCCCCAAGUACCUGAUACCCAUCUUUGACAUAUUCUGUUGUUGUCUACCGCAGAAAAUCCGAAAAAUUCUCCACUGUGAUAUAGAUCACUCACGAGUUCAUGAUAAUGAUCAGGGGGACCAGUUAUAUGCUCCUGUUCAUCACCCGAACAGGAAGCUUGUCGGACUCUCAGAGAGCCAUGCCACGUCACCGACAGAUAAAAGUAACGACAAUAUCAUAGAUGAUGAUACCUGCUUGUGAAAAUAACUACUGUAGCUGUGUAUAAAUGUAUUACGAGUGUGUGCAAGUAUAAUGUAGGAACUGUGAUUUUUCAUUGGUUUUUUUUCAGCCUUUGUUUAACAUGAGGCAGGACUAGCCGAGAGAAAACAGUAUUUAUGUGUGACAAUUUAGUGUAACUAAUGGGUGAUUCAAAAAUAGGGAGUGAGGAGUGGGGCCAAAAGGGGUCAAUUUUUGCGAAAUUGGCAUUUUUUCGAAUUACAAUAAAACCAAUGUACAUGUA